UUGAAAUUCUAUCUAUACCCAGUCAUACCUACAUCAAGAAUAAAGUAAAAAUGAGAUGCAAUUUUUAUUUUCUUCUCUACCUGAGUGUCAAUUCAUUGAUUCUUUUGGUACAUUGCAAAAGUAUUCCAAACAAUAAUGCAGUUUCUGACGCGUAUACUACUGUCAAAAAUAAAAAUGAAAACUAUGAAAUAUCUGUUAAGCAAGAGAAUGUGAAUGAAGCGAAAAAUUUAUCAAGACAACUAAUUCAAUUACAUCAAAAUAAGGAUCAACAAGACAUUGCUAAACUAAUAUUGAAAGAUGGUGAAAAUAUUGAAAUGAUACUAGAUUCUAUUGUUGAAAUAUUUUACGAAAAAUUUAAAGAAGCAUGCUGUUUUGAAAUAAGUAUAAAUAAAGGAGAUAAUGAAAAUAAACAAUUAUUGAUUAAUAUUCUCGAUCAAUCUCUUUUUCUUUAUAAUAAAAAAAUCAAUGGGGAAAAAGAGAAUGUCAAUUAUCAAUAUUUUUUAAGUGAAGUUAAUAAUUUUAAAAGUAACGUCUCAUUUGAUUGUCCUUUAGAAGAGAAUAAAUGUAUGUAUAACAAUGAAAAUUUUAACUCUACAAAACGUUUAUUGGGAUUUGUUAUAUUAAUUCGUUAUAUGAUUCUCGAGUCUAUUAAUAAUUUAAAUUCACAGCAACAAAAUGCUAAUGGAAUAAAUUUAAAUUUGAUUAAAGAAACAGUGAAUAAAGUAAUUAAUAUCCUCAACCAUGUUAGGAAAGAACAAAACUGGUCUUCGACUUUCUUGAACGAGAUUAAUAAAAAAUUGAGAACUAUAAUUGAGAAGGAGAGCAACACCAAAUUUAAUGACGUCGAAAAAGCGUAUCAAAAUUUAAUUACAAUCCUCAAAAAAUACGCAAAAACAAACCAAUUAUAUAUAGAUAUUACUUAUUGUUCUUUAAAUUCGAAUGAUUAUUUAACAAUGAACCAAAAUAUUUCUAAUUUAUGGAGUAAUGAAGUAUUCAGUGACCUUACAAAUUAUAUUCAAAAAAAUUCUAACUUUUUAAAUUCUGAAUAUGGAGAUAGGUCUGAUUUAAAUAUGGGAGAAAUAUUAACGAUAAUUGAAAAUACAAAAAAAUACUUUCAAAACACACUUAAUAAAUAUCAAAAUUCUUCUACUAAACAAUUAACUAGAAUUGCGAAAGAUAGACGCAACCUUACUAAAAAUAUACGCAAAUUUUUUUCUCUCCUUUUCAGAAUAACAGAAGAUAUUAAAAACUUUAUAGAUGACAUGUUAGAAUUGAUAUGCUAUAAAGACUUUACAAAAUUAAAUAUAAAUUAUCAAAUUAGCCAUUUUAAUAUUUUAUUGUUUGAUAUGCAGAGAAUUCUUUCCAGUAACGAUAAUGACAUUCAAAAGUCAAAUAAAAUACAAAAACUUUACAAUCAGUUGAAAAAUGAGAAUUCUGUAACUUUGAAGAAACAUGUGUCAAAUAUUUUUAUUGACUACUUAAGCCAUAUAAAUUACAUAACCCUCACAUAUAACCAUAACUGUCCCGGUUCAAAGAAUCCGAUAAUGACUUUUCAAGAAAAGAGUAUUUCUAAUUCUAUUAAAGCUACAUAUCAAAUUCAAAAAAUCUUACAAGACAAUAUAAGUGAAGUGAAGAUAAGACAGUAUUACCAAAAUAAUGAUAUUCAAUCUAUAAUAAAUUCGAAAAACUACAAUGUAGAUAACUUAAUACAAAAUUGUCAAACACCAAAUGGAACUUUACCAAAAAAUAAAGAAAUUGAAAAUAAUACCCAAGAAAUGGACAUUCUAAAUAAGAUUUAUAUCGAAUAUACAAAUAUGUUUUUUAACUUAAAAUCUAAACUUUACAAUCAUCCAUUUGACGACAUUAAUUUCAAUGAAUUCUUAACAAAUUAUUCUUCUACCAUGAAGUCUAUUGAAACAGUUUUACAAGCUCAUUCACCAGAUAAUGGCAAUAGUAUAAUAAUAAAAAAUUUAACUCAAAUUUUAGGAUACACUAGAAGUUUAUCAAUAACCUUCUUUGAGAAAGAAAGUGAUACUAAGCCUGUAUUAACUGACAAUAAAAAAAAAAAUCGUACAUUAAUGGAUUGCAAACUUAAGGAAUAUUUCAAAAUUGCAACUGAUUUUUUCAAAACAAUGAAUAAUAAUUAUAAAUGCAAUAAUGUAAAUAUAAACAAUAAUUCAAAAAUUGCUGAAGUAAAUAUUUCGAAAUUAAUUAAUUUUAUAACUGAAAGGAUAAAAGUCUAUUAUUAUCCUGACCCAAAUUCUUACAUAAAUUUAAACUCCAAUACAGUUAAUAAGAGUGAAGAAAUGUUAAAAUUGAAACCAACAAUAUGUGGGCCACAAAAUAAGAAAAAUGAGCACACCAUUAAAUUACUCUGUUCUAUUUUUAAUGAAUUAUAUCUCAAUUUUCCUGACAAAUUCAAUGAUGAUGUUAGUUACAAUAACUGCUAUAAAAAAAGCGUUUAUCAGGUGUUGAAAUUAAAUGAAAAAAUUUUAAAUUUUGAUUUUUCAAAUAUUUCUACUAACAGAACAUUAUUAAACGAUUUUUUGAUAUCAGAGAAAAAUAAAAUACAUGAAUGUGUUAAAUUAAAACCAAAGAUUGCAGAUGAGUCAAAGCAGAUUGCUCAAAUUGUCAAAAAUAUAACACAAGAGUCGAUUAAAUUAAAUUUGGAGUUUAUAAAUAAUAUUGCUUGCAAUGUUUCUUACAACAAUGUGACUAUAAAAGAAAAUUACAUGGAUGCAAUAAAGUCGUUAAUUAACGUGAAUGUCAGUCUCGAAAUAUUAAUUGAAUCAUUAAACGUCCAAAAUGCUAAUAAAUCUAAAAAUUUACUACAACAAGUCCAAGAAAAAUAUCAAAAUCAAAAGAAAAUUUUGAAUCAAUCUAUACCCUGUAAUGGAAGUAAUACAUAUGUAAAUUUUAGAAAUGAAAUGUUAAAUAUUUUAUCAGUUUUUGGAAAUAAAACAGAGGAUAUUGCUGACACUUUAAGCAGUAACAUUAUUAACUACAAAGAGGAAAUAAUACUAGAUUUGCAAACAACAGUGUCAAAUGUAAAACAUUGCAUAGAAAUUUUAAUUAAGCUUCCAUAUAAUACUGAUAUAUCACACGGCAAACCAAACAUUCGCAUAUAUUAUUUAUGCACUAAAAAGAAUAUUGAAUGUGGGUUUAAUUUUAUAGAUUAUCAUCGAACAUCCAAGAAAGACGAUGAAUAUGCUUUUCAACACUGUUACUAUCGUGAUGGCGAUUCUACCAACAGUGAGUUAAAAUGCAACAAUUGUUAUUGUAAGCAAUGCAGGUUGUAUAAAUGUAAUAGAUCGAUUUCACAUGAAUGUAUAUGAAAAGAAGCUUCUUCCCAAUAUACAUUGGAAUUUUCUAUUUGAAACUAAUAAUGUGUUUCAUUUUUUUUCAUUUAAUUUCAUUAAAUAAAUUAUUAGCGCAAUUAAAUUGA